UCUACUUCUACUUCUACUUUUACUUCUACUUUCUUUACUUCUUCUCUCUGUAACAUUAAUAUACCCUAUAACUUGUCCCUAAAAGUUCUUCCCUGCCCCACACUAGCCGAAAAAAAAGUUCCACUAUGGCCGCACACGUUGUUGCAACUUCCUCAUCACCAGAUAUUACUAACCCUCAAAAGGCUCCCCUACCAACACAAACAAGUCUAACUAAUGAGUUUGAAUUUCUAAUUCCUAAAGUAAAUGAUACCUUAAAUUAUAUCGAUUCAUUUGUGGACUCAUCAGAUUCUCCACAAACUCAAAUAAUCCCUGAUGAAGCAUUACUUGAAGAAGAUAUUGAAUUAGAAUUAGAUCCCACGAAGAUGAAAACCAUAAAUAGAUUAAAUUCUCAAUUCCCAUUUAAUAAUUGUACUUUUGAUCAUUUAAAAGAUACUCCUAAAAGUUUGGCUCUUGGAUUAGCUGGAGCUUUUGAUGCUUAUAUGACUAGUUUUAAAGAUAAUGAUAAUGAUGAAGAUAAUAUACUAGAAGAAAAUGAUUAUGAUAUGGAGAAUGAUAAUAAUAAUGAUAAUGAUGAAGAUUUCUAUUAUGAUCUUAAUGAAGACCAUGGAGUAAUAAUACCGUUGAACCGAUUAAAUAUCACGGAUAAACAUGUACAACCUUUAGUAAGUAUCUUAAAACAAUCGACCAAUAAUGAUAAUAAUGAUACCAAAAGAAGAUCUUCAUCUAAUUCCACUCCAAGUUUAGAAUUAUCCAUAAUCACGAAUAAGAUUAGUUCAAUUAUUGAAGAAUACUUCCCCACCCUUAUAAAUGAUGAAGAUUUCAUUGAAAUUAAGAAUUAUGUUAUAAAUUACCUUAUAAUAUUUCUUACUAAAAAAGAUUCUAAUAUUAAUAGUGUAGUUAAUCUCAUAAUUCAAAAGCAAUACAAAUUAAAUCUAAUUGAAAAGAUUUUUGAAAUAUUGAUUGAGAAAUAUGAAACGAUUAAGAUUGAUGCCUUUUUAGAUUAUUUUAUGGAUUUUAAUAGUACUAAAAGUAUAUCUGAUGAGAAAUCUGUAUCUAAUACCAAUUCAAUUAAUAGUUCAUUUAUAACUUCAUUAUUAAAUAAUCCUCAUUUUUAUGAUAAAUAUAAGAUUAUCUGGAGAUUAGAUAAUCUGAAUUAUAAAUAUUAUGAUAAAGAAUACUUUAUUGAUGAUUAUUUUGAAAUGUUUAAUAGUCUUGAACAUUAUAAUUCUGAUUUUAAUAAUAAUGAUGAGACUCAAUUUAAUCGAAAUGGAUUUGUAAUGAAUUUUGAUAAAUUCUUUGUCUACUAUAAUCGAGACGUCAAAGCCGAUCGUCUUUAUGAUUCAGAAUAUGAUAAUGAAUAUGAUGAUGAUAAUUUUGAUUAUUUUGCUGAAUUAUCAUCAUCAACUUCAAGUCAUCGUUCAUCAUCUACUAGUUCAACUAGUUCAGAUAGUUCUGUAAGUUCUACUAGUUCUACUAGUAGUUUUGCUAAUUUCAAUAGACAUGGAUAUCCUGAUAAUAAAUCUGGAAAUAGAAGAAUUUCAACGGCAUCAUCAGUUAGUACAAUUACCACAGGUACAGUUACUGGUCCAUCUACUAGAUCCAAUAGUCUUCAAGCAAAACUGUUACGAUUUGAUGAUAAUAUCGAUGUAUUAAAUGUUGAUCGGUAUGAACCGGUAAGUUUUUUACAUGGCAUUAAGAUAUAGAUAGUACAUUGUAUACAGUAUAUAGUGUACAGUAUAUAGUAUAUAAUAUUUAGUAUUUAUUGGUAUAAUAUAUGGGGUACAAAAGAGAAG